CAAAUCCACCUAUCCAAUUCCAUCCCGCUUCUUCUUCUUCUUCUUCUUCUUCUCUCUCUCAUAUUAUGGAUAAUCAAUUCACAUUCAUGCGUACACUCCCUUCUCCAUUUCUCAUCCAUCUUCACCGCACAACUAACCCAAACUUCAUAAGAAGAUUCAAUUGGUCAUUUGUCUCAAUUUCCAAACCAAUGUUUAAUCUUUACUCUUCUUCCUUCACUUCUUCUCAAUCUGCUGCUGAGGAAGAUCACAACGACGGGAACAACGACACUAACGGCACCUCUUCUUUCCGCAACUUCAAGCUCAAUCAGUCCACUUUUUUGGCUUCUCUUAUGCCUAAAACGGAAAUUGGUGUCGAUCGUUUCCUCCAUUCGUAUCCACACUAUGAUGGACGCGGUGUUCUCAUCGCUAUUUUUGGUACCUUUUUUCCUUAAACUGCUUCUCUUUUCGUUUUGUUCUUGAUUUUUAACUUGACUUUUUCAAAUUCCUUUCUAAUUCAUUUUUUCUUCUUCAAAUAUAUCAAUCAAUGAUACACUUCCUUCUCAAUACGACACCGCGCACUGCACUACACUCUUUAUAAAGCUUCUACAAACACAUAUUCAUUCCCUUCACACUUCUCUUUCUCUUUUCUCUUUUCACUUUUCCAUAAUCAACCUUUUACCUUAGAUUGAGCGUGCGUUUUACUAAUUCUCCAUUUUUAUCAUCACUAAUUUUAAUUAGUAAUUAAUUUAUUGUUAUGACCACUUUUUCCUUUUCAAAUAAAUUCAUCUAUAUCCCUUCAGUAUAACCAAAUCAAUGAAGCCUCGAUUUAAUUACGUGGAUUUCCAUUUCCGUUUACGUUUCUUUCCAAAUCCAUUGUGAUUUACCAUUUCUUCAAUAUUCUGUUAAGACAAAUAGCAAAACAACAACAGAGUAGUAGUGAUGCAACAGUUAUAUUUAGAUCUCACUUUCUUCUCAAAUCUCUUUUGUAUUGAGAGAAUUGGAAUCAAGUGGAAAAACUAUGAUUCAUAAUUCGUUUUCUGUUACGAUGAACUUCGCGGUGGCGUUUGCAUUAUUCUAUCUAAUCACGGUGGAGUCAUGGCGUGUUCACUCACAAGAACCGAAGAAGCUUUAUGUGAACAUGACUCUCGUUAACAACGCACGCGAAACCGGUGCUUUUUGUUUGGAUGGAAGUUUACCGGCGUAUCAUUUGGAUAGAGGAUUUGGAGCUGGUGAAGACAAUUGGCUUCUACAAUUUGAGGGAGGUGGUUGGUGCAAUGACUUGAAAUCAUGCUUGGAGAGAGCAAAAACUCGCAGGGGUUCAACAAAUUACAUGACCAAAUAUGAGACCUUCAAUGGUAUUUUAAGCAACAAUGCUACCGUUAAUCCAGACUUUUACAAUUGGAACAGGGUGAAGCUGAGAUACUGUGAUGGAGCUUCAUUUACUGGAAACAGAGUGUUCAAUAAUGGGACAACAAAGCUUUACUUCAAAGGGCAAAAUAUUUGGGAAGCCAUUAUUGCCGACAUUCUGCCAAAAGGUUUAGGAAAGGCACGCAAGGCUUUGCUUUCAGGCUGCUCAGCAGGAGGUUUGGCCACCUUUCACCAUUGUGACAAUUUCACCAAGUAUUUGCCAACCAAUGCUAGUGUUAAAUGCUUGAGUGAUGCAGGUUUUUUCCUUGAUGGAAGAGAUGUCAGUUUGAACCACACCAUGAGAUACUUUUUCAAAAGUGUAGUUACGUUGCAGGGGUCAGUACAGAACCUGAAUAAAAACUGCACCAGUGCAAUGUCUUCUUAUCCAGACCUGUGCUUCUUUCCACAAUAUGUGUUGAAAUAUAUAUCAACACCAUAUUUUAUCUUGAACUCUGCCUAUGAUGUAUUCCAAUUCCAUAAUAUAUUGGUGCCACCUUCAGCUGAUCCCCACGGGCACUGGAACCAUUGCAAGAAGGACCCAGCGGCAUGCACACCAACCGAAAUUAAUACAUUGCAAGGUUUUAGGCUCAGCAUGAUUGCAGCUUCGAAACCCAUCUACUUUUAUUCAAACAGAGGGGGAAUAUUUAUAAAUUCAUGUUUUGCUCAUUGCCAAAGUGAAUCGCAAGAUACAUGGUCUGGAGCUGAUUCUCCAAGAAUAAUAAACACGACUAUUGCAGAGGCAGUCGGUGAUUGGUAUUUUUGUAGAAACAAAAGCAAGGCAAUAGACUGGCCAUAUCCAUGCGAUACAACUUGUCGUAAUUUGAUACCUGUAUUACAUAAUUUAAUACCUUAACCUCAGGUCAUUUGGAAGAUCAGACUGGAAAUUUUUUUAUAACAAGCUUUCCAGUUCUCCUAUCUGAGGUCCUUGAAGUAAAAGGAUAGAGGGUGAUUUUUUUUUAAUUCAAAACCAUACAAGUAUACACAAUGCUGAAUGCUAGGAGAUAGAAAAUUCUUGAUAAAGGAAUUAGACAUAAUAUGUAAUUUGAAUGGUACUUUUCAAUUAUGUCAUUCAUAUUACUAAAUAUAUACAUUUUUACUUGAUAAAAAUCAAUCAGCUUUUGUCCGGUA